AUGACUACAAUCCAUAACUACACAACACGGCAAGCUGCUUCCAUUGGUCUUCAACCUGGCAAUUUAAUUGGUGAAACGCAUUAUAUCACUGAAAGUCAAAUAACACCACCGAUAAAGCAGCGAGUUCGAAGUAGAAAACUUCUCAGCACGAAUAUAAGUCGAUGUCAAUGCUGUUGUCCACCGAUCGCAUCAUCUCUGUGUCGUUCAUGUCUAUGUCCUUGUUGGGCAUACCUACUCAUUGGUCUUCUCCUAACUCUACUGUUAGCAGCUUUAGCUGUUGAGAUCGGUCUAUUAACUCGUGAGAAAAUCAUCUAUCGAAGAGUAGUUUGUAAUAAUAUAUACAAUUCAAGCUACAUCAUAGAUCGAAAUGACAAUGACACAGUAACAGUGUAUACGUCUACAAGUGAACCAUGUGGCAAUCGACCGGAUGGAGCUAUACUCGAUUCAGGAUCAUCCGUUUGGUCAUCUUUUACAUAUAUAUUUCUUCUCAUCAAUUUUAUUGCUUAUUUAAUUAACUACUGA